AUGCAGGCAGCAGCCGCACGUUUCCCCUCCGACAGCGAAGGCGACGACACGGGCGCUCGGGCGCUUUUGGCGCUCAAGUCGGCUCCUUGCAGCCCGAGCCGCGGGGCCUCGCACGGCGGCGGCGGCGGCGGCGGGGCGAUGGUGCGCUGGGAGCUGGGCCUGGAUCCGCAGGCCGCGCCCGACACCCCGCUGGCCAAGCUCGAGGGCCGGGAUUUCGAGUACCUGAUGCGGCAGGACUCGGUGACCAUCGGGCGCGACUCCAGCCAGGGCCCGGUGGACGUGAACAUGGGCCACUCGAGCUUCAUCUCCCGCCGCCACCUGCAGAUCAGCUUCCAGGAGCCGCACUUCUACCUGAGGUGUCUCGGCAAGAACGGCGUCUUCGUGGACGGCGCCUUCCAGCGGAGAGGGGCGGCGCCGCUGCUGCUGCCCAGACAAUGUACUUUCCGUUUCCCCAGCACAGUCAUAAAGAUCGCAUUUACGUCACUUCACAGCAAGAAAGAAGUGAAGGAAGAACAACCGCCAUCUCCACUCCGUCCACUCCGGCCACAGAUCUCACCACUCAAAAUCAACAUUCCUGAUCCAAAUAUCCACCGCGUCAGUCCCAUCCCCUCACCCACUGGUACAAUCAGUGUUCCGAAUUCCUGCCCCGUGAGUCCCCGAGGCGCCGGCUCUUCUGGCUACCGUUUCGGACGCAAUAUCACCAGAGAUCUACAGCUAGCUGCCGCGUUUGCAGAAAAAGCAGCGUCCGAGCAACAGGCCGAAACAUCCGGGGGCGACAGUCCCAAGGAUGAUUCAAAGCCACCUUAUUCCUACGCACAGCUGAUUGUGCAGGCCAUAUCUUCUGCUCAAGACAAACAAUUAACACUAAGCGGCAUCUAUGCGCAUAUUACAAAGCAUUAUCCUUACUACAGGACAGCUGACAAAGGGUGGCAGAAUUCAAUUCGCCACAACCUUUCGUUGAACCGAUAUUUCAUCAAAAUGCCACGGUCGCAGGAAGAACCUGGAAAGGGCUCGUUCUGGCGAAUUGACCCUUCUUCGGAGGCAAAGCUGGUGGAGCAGGCAUUCAGGAAACGCAGGCAGCGAGGGGUCUCUUGUUUCAGGACACCAUUUGGACCCAUCUCUUCCAGGAGUGCCCCCGCAUCACCCAGCCACCCCGGCCUUCUCUCCCCUCACUCUAGUGGCUUGCAGACUCCUGAAUGCCUGUCUCGCGAAGGUUCCCCUAUCUCUCACGAUCAUGAUUUCACAAGCUCAAAGCUGGCAUCUGUGCCAGAGGUCCGUUAUACACAGAGUGCACCGGGUUCCCCAGUUAGUGGUCAGCCUGUGAUCAUGGCAGUGCCGCCCCAGCCAUCCAGUGUUGUAGCAAAACCUGUGGCCUAUUUGCCUGCAUCCAUAGUAACUUCUCAACAGUCCUCAGGGCAUGCCAUUCAUGUCCUUCAGCAGGCCCCCACUGUAACUAUGGUGAGGGUAGUAACCACAGCAGCUAAUUCCUCCAAUGGCUACAUCCUAACCAACCAGAGUCAUAUCGGAGGUGGACAGAUAUUACGCGAUGGCUCCAGUGACCAGAAAGGAGUCCUUGAUGAUAAAUCCUUGGUGACCUUUACUACAGUACCGACUGGCAGCAGGGUGAUUCAGACCGUGAGCAGUCAGAUGUCCCAACAUGUACCUGGGCAGAUGGUCACAAUUCUUCAGCAAGCACCAGCCACCUCUAUGGGACAGCAUCAGCUUCCAGUGAAGACAGUGACUCAGAAUGGUAAACAUGCGGUUCCCUUGGCAAGCCUUCAAGGAAAUACUUAUGCUAUAACAAACCCACUACAGAUCCUGGCUGCUCAGGCCACAUCCUCCUCUCCUGUAGUUGUGAGCAAACACCUGACCACAGAGCCACAGCAUUCAGCAACGUCUCUAGGCGAGCCCGAGGCCAAACGACCUAAGAUGGAGGAGUCGACAGGCUCAGGCUCCGGCCUUGCUGUGAUCACAUCAACGCCACAGAUGCAAGGUGCCAGCGAAUAAUGCAAACGGGAAUCGAGGAAACAGAUUACAAUCUACUCGGUGUGUUCCACACAAAAAAAAAACACAAUUCCUAGGUGCCAAACUGAUUGGGGGGUGGGGGGGGGUGGGUGGGCGCGGGGGAAACCUACCUUGAACUAAAGCUUGUGUUUUUUUUAAAUGUAAAACAAGACAGCUGAUUGUAGGGUUGGGGAACGGGUGAGGUGGAAAUUACAGCCACCCCGGUAAUCUGGGCCUAUGUUGGUGUUUUACAAGCCUUAACUUUUUUAAACAAAAAAAAGUCCAAAGGAUCGGUGGGAGGGAAGCAGAUGUCUUCAGUUAUUCCUGACAGAACAGAGGUGGGAUAUUGCCAAGAAAGUAACUUGAUUGAGGGUGAGAGGGAGGGGAAAGAUAUUGCUCAUUCUUGUUUUGCCCUGGUCACAUUACCUAAAGAAAGCCCCCUCUCAUGUCCUGGUGGUUGGCUAUUUGUUAUGUGUACGCUCUUUCCAGAAGACUGAGAAUUGAACAGUCUUGAUUUGAAACAUGGCUGCCUCUACUGGUGCUCCCCCAGUGCCUAUACAGUUUGCUGUAUUAUGCUGUAGCCUGGCUCAUUAGCUUGUGCGUUGACAGCGUGCCUCUGUUGGGGCAGACUACAUGAACAGCCACUCCCAUGGUUGCACAGGAGCGAGAAAUUGUGAAAUGCAAUGACCCUCAAAAUAAAACAGCCGAUGUAAUUGAUACUGGCCAAAGUUUUCACAUGAACCCACCAAGGGAUGCCUUGGUGACCUGCACUUUAUGUCAUUGGAAGAAGAGAGGAGAAGAGGCAACACCCCACACCACCACCUCCUUCCUCAUUCUAUGUCUGUCAAUUGAGACAGGAUCCUAUGGUCAUUGUUUGUUUUGUUUACUAGCCAAGGCCCCCAAAAUAGGACUACAAAAUAUCACUCACCAAAAACAUAUGUAAACAUGGCUGUUGACAGGCUCUGCAGUGUUGUUACAAAUAGAUUUACCAAACGAACCUGUGGCAUAGCAGAGCCCUGAUGGUCCAUGUAACUUAAUGGGUUGGUGAAGAUCAGUGCAGUAAUUUGGAUGCUGUAUUUCUGACCUUUUAUAAUGUAUUUUGAAUGUUUUUCCCAUUGCAUUGUCCAAGUGAAGCAGUAUUCAUUUUGUGUGGUGAACACGGUAAACUGUCUGUCUAAGGGAUGGUUUGUUUUCUUUUCAAAUGUCAGGGGGAAGAAAUGUAAUUGUAAAUCUGAAGCCAACACAGAUUCACCACUUACAUUGUUGGGAUCAUUCUGUAUUUAAUCCAGAAUUAAAUUCAAUGAACCGUA